AUGAAUACAAUAUACAAGGCUAGAGCUGAUAAGAAGCGUAAGCAAAUUGUUUUAAAGUCGGGAGAUCUUGUUUGGCUUCAUUUGAGAAAAGAAAGAUUUCCAAGUAAGAGGAAAAAUAAGCUUAUGCCAAGGGCGGAUGGUCCUUAUGAGAUUAUUGAGGCAUAUGGAGAUAGCGCAUAUAAGAUUGACUUGCCUACUGAAUAUGGAGGUGUUAGUGCUACUUUUAAUGUGGGUGACCUUUCUCCUUAUUUAGAUGAUGUGAAUUUGAGGGCAAUUUCUUUUGAAGAAGGGGAUAAUGAUGUGAAUGUUAAGGAGAAUUCUUUUGAAGAGCCUAUCACUUUGUUACUUAACCCGAUGGGGGUUUGA